AUGUCAGCCCCUGAAAUGCUGAAUCCAAGGCUUCUCCUCUCCCCUUUUUUUGGGAACCAUUUCUCUUUUUGUCUCUCCUGCCUUUUCUUUUUGUGUGUGUGCGUGGCAAGCUGGAUCUUAGUUCCCCCACCAGGGAUUGAACCUGUGUCUGUUGCCUUGCAAGCGCAGAGUCUUAACCACUGGACUGGCAGAGAAGUCCCUCUCCCACCUGUUCCAAUGGGCCAGGAUGGAGCCAUUGACCUGGCAGUUGUUCAGACACUGGUAGACCCUAAAUGGAGGGUGUGUGUCUGUGUGUGUAUAAAACACAGAUUUCUGGAGCCCAAUUCUGGUCUGGGGAAUCAGAUCAGCGAGGUUACUGCAUACUAUCUGAUUUCAGAAGCUUCCAAAUAUGCACAUUUCAUGCGAAAUGUAGGCAGGACAGGUCUUAUGACCUCUGUCACAAAAUAA